GCUUUAGAAAAGAUGUCUCAACAUCUUGUUUGUACAAAUCACCAAUGGGCAGUUGUAUAUACACAUUACACACCAAAGCAAGCUAGUGAUGAAAACAAAAACAUAGCUAUGUCCCAAACUCAAUGGUUGAAAUUCUUCACUCUCUUCACACUAUCCCAAAUCACCAACUCAAACUCUUGGCAAGCAGAAACACCACCCCCACUUCCCAUUUUGCCCCUCCCAAGCUUCUCCCAGCUCAAAUGGCAGCAAAGGGAAGUGAUAAUGUUCCUUCACUUUGGAGUCAACACAUUCACUGACCGUGAGUGGGGCACCGGCCGUGAAAGCCCGGCGAUCUUCAACCCAGCCUCUCUAGACGCCGAUCAGUGGGUAGAGACGGCGGUGGAAGCCGGGAUCUCUCUGGUCAUACUCACGGCCAAACACCACGACGGUUUCUGCCUCUGGCCGUCCAAAUACACAGACCAUUCCGUCACGGGGAGCCCGUGGAGGAACGGCAGGGGAGACGUCGUCCGUGAGUUUGUUAACGCCGCUAAGGGUCGCGGUGUGGAUGUGGGGUUGUACCUUUCCCCUUGGGAUCGCCAUGAUCAUAGAUAUGGCCGUACCAAGGAAUAUAAUGAAUUCUAUUUGGCUCAAUUGCAAGAACUUCUCACCAAUUAUGGAAGUGUUAGAGAAAUAUGGUUCGAUGGAGCCAAAGGUCCAAAUGCACCAAACAUGACAUAUUUGUUCAAUGAUUGGUUUGAAAUGGUGAAUGAGUUGCAAGAUGCAAUUAACAUAUUUUCGGAUGCCGGGCCGGGCGUGAGGUGGGUCGGGAAUGAACAAGGAUAUGCGGGUCCAACUUGUUGGUCCACCAUGAACCGGACGCUACUUUCCAUCGGCAACAGCAGUGUACUUGAUUAUCUCAACGCUGGAGAUUCGAAAGGAACAGACUGGUUACCACCAGAAUGUGAUGUGUCACUCAGGCCCGGAUGGUUUUGGCAUAAAUCAGAAGCACCAAAGACACUUACUAAGCUCCUCGAGAUUUACUACAACUCCGUUGGGAGGAACUGCUUGCUGUUGCUAAACGUGCCACCUAACACAAACGGAUUAAUUUCGAACAGUGAUGUCACCAGACUAAAAGAGUUCAGAAGGGCAAUUGAGAGCAUAUUCUCCAAAAAUCUAGCUGAAAACUGUUCAUUAAAAGUUAGUAGCCAAAGAGGAUAUGUAAAUAGCAGGUUUGGACCUGAAAAUGUGAUGGACAGAGAUCAUUUAUGGACUUAUUGGGCUCCGACAGACGAAUACACGGGACACCAUUGGAUCAAACUUAGCACGAAAAGGGGAAAGUUCAGAUUCAAUGUGGUGCGGAUCCAAGAAGCAGUUGGAUUGGGGCAGAGGAUUAAGCGACAUGAGAUUUACGUGGAUGGAGUUAGUGUUGUUAAUGGUACCACUGUUGGUUACAAGAGGUUACAUAGGAUUGAAAAUGGAGUUGUGGAAGGGCAAAGCGUGAAGAUCAAAAUAGUUGGGUCACGGGCAACGCCUUUAAUAUCCUCCAUCGGUCUCCAUUAUGACCCAUAUUGGCAUCCAAUUGAGCAGCCUGCCUAACCAAGAAAGCAUAGGCUAAUGUUUUAUGUACCUUAUCUGUUUUCGUGUUCAAAAUAUUAUUUAGACUCUAUUUCGGAAAAUGAAAAGAAUGUGAUUUGGAGAUAUGAAUGUAAGUUUACAGUGGUAGUGUUUUGAUGGGUGACUAUUCAGAUUUUAU